AUGGGCGAUAAUUUUCUACCUGAUGAAGCAUUAUUAAUUAGUCUUGCUAAUGAUUUCUUUAUUAGCGAAAGUACCGAUGAUUAUAAUCGUGAUUUAAAUUUAUUUGAACAUGAUCGAGAUACAACUUCAUUACUUCCUGCCACAAUUUCAAAUAAUAAUUAUCAAUCAGAACAAACACCAAAAAAUAUUGAACUACUGAAACCUACAUCUUUACCAUUCACAUUUGAUCGCCAAUUAUCGUUAUCAACUUGUCAACCAUCAACAUUUCGUACACAUUUCAAUCUGAAUAAUCCCGAUGAAUACAAAGAAGCAUUAUCAUUAAUUAAAAAUUCUGUUGUCCAAAUUAAACGAUUAACCAAUCAACAACUAAUAAGCAAAAUAAUGAUCAAAAAUCAGAAAAUACUGAAAAAACCAUCAAUGCCACCACCUUCAAAUGUUCCCACGACAUCUUCGUACGAUUUACUACCACGUGUGCGUGGUCCCAGAUCUGCUCGUUUUACUUGUCCAAUUUGUGGUUUAAUUACAGUAUCAAUGGAUCGUUUACAACGUCAUGUUGCUCAACACGGUCAAAAAUUACAUUUAGAAACAUAUAAACCUGAACGAAAAGUAUCCACAUUGGUAUGUGAACGUUGUAAAGCCACAUUUUCAUCGGCAUACGCUUUACGUAAACAUCAACGUGUUCACACUCGAGAUAAACCAUUUUCAUGUGAUUUUUGUGGAUCCAGAUUUAGUCAAUGGGGAAAUUUACGUCAUCAUAUUCAACGACAUUUAGGUAUUAGUCCAUACGCAUGUCCAUAUUGUAAAAAAACAUUUAUUGCACCGUGUAAAUUAGAAGUACAUAUACGGGGACAUUUAGAUGAACGACCAUACGUAUGUGAAAGAUGUCAAGCAACAUUCAGAUGCAAUGAUGAUUUACGUAAACAUAUGAUUAUUCAUGCCGACUAUAAACCAUUUGUUUGUUGGUUAUGUACCAAACAAUUUUUUCAUGCCAGUAAAUUGCGUACUCAUUUAAAAGAAAAACAUGAAAUUGAAGUUGUUAUACGUAAAAAAGAUGUAUUAGAGUCGGGAACUGAAUAUGAAAUAACUGUUGUUAAUCAAAAUGAUUUAACUUCGAUAAAUCAACAACAAAAUACAAAUGAUAAACAUAUAGCAGCAAUUACACUGAACGGUAUUCAAGAUCAGCUUCAAGAUGAAUCAUCAAUAUCGACCACAUUUCUUGAUACAACGACGCCACAUUUAAUUUCAUCGAUGACAGAUGAGUCCGCAGAUGAUAUUAUUAAACAACAUGUACAACAAUGUUUAAAUAUGAACUACGUUGUUGUUGAUUCAUCAAAUGGUGAUUCAUUAGAAAAUUUUCAAACAUUAAAUGAUUUAAAUGUCUCUGAUAUUGAACAAUUUGUUAAAAAUAAUCCAUUUGUUACAACAACAGUCGACUCUGAAUUAGUUAAAGAUGAAACAGACCAUGAAAGAAGUCAUCAUAAUAAUCAUAAUCAUAAUCAUCACUUGCACUCUUACAAUUUUAAUCAUAAUACAUUUGAUUUGGGAGAUUUUCAUGUGAUAUAUUGUCAAAUUGUUAUUCUUUAUCAGACAACAUCGUUUGUAUGUAUCACACAUAUUUGUCUUUAUUUUUGUUUAGCCAAAAUAUAUAAAUAUUUGUUUAAAAUGUCCGAAAUUGCAAUUAGUGUAUUAGAUUGGUUGGCUGUAUCCAUUCUUAAUGGAGUUUAUAUUUUUAAUUUAAAUGACCCAUUUCAGUGGCAAUUAAUCAGACAGAAAGAUCCACAAUCACCAUUGAAAAUUGACCAAAAUAAUGUAAUAAAAACAACAGAUGAGAAUGUUAAUCAAAGUGAAAUUGAAUUAAAUCGAAAUAUAAUAAUAUUUUCUCCAAAUGGUGAAUAUUUAGCAUUUAAUGAUCAAAAAAAUAUACUUUAUCUCUAUGAAUAUUCAUUAUCUACAAUACCAAAUAUUUACUGGAAACAUUUAAAAACUAUUCGAGUAAAAAAUUCAAUAUCCACAUUUUAUCUAACAAACGAUCUAUUAUUUAUAGCUGAUAAAGGGAAUGGUAUUUAUAAAUAUGAAUUUUUAUUAAAACAAAAUAGUGAAAUAACAAAUUUAGAUAAUAUUAUGGGAUAUUUACCAACAAUAUUUGAUGUUUGUUAUGUUAAAUAUUCAAUCACACCAACAACGUAUCAAGAAUAUUUGUUAACCGGUGAUCGUGAUGGAAAAAUUUGUUUAAGUCAUCCACAUAUGCAUAAUACGGAAACAUAUUAUCUUGGUCAUCAAGACUUUGUAUCAAAUAUUAAACUAAUUAAUAAUAAUCAUUUUAUAUCAACAUCGGGCGAUGGUACUUUACGACUAUGGCGUAUUUCUGAUUGUUUACCAUUAGUUGUAUUACAUAUGAAAGCGUUUAUUAAUAGCACAAAGUUCGUAUUCUAUAGUCAACUAUACACUGAUGAUUAUAAUGUUGAACAAAUUGAUGAUUAUAUUAGUGUAUUAAGAGGUAAUGAUAUGAAUUCAUCAAUGAUAGAUGAUUCAAAUUCAUCACUUCAAGAUUAUUCUAUAUGGAAAGUAGCUAUUGCUUGUACAAAUAAUGAUAACGAUUAUAAAAUUUUACAGACAUCGUCAACAUUUAUUGCGCUCUCACUAUAUUGUCAACGUCAUCAUUGUAUCUAUUUAACAACAUUAUCAAAUCUUAAAACACUCAAUAAUGAACAAAAAAAGCUUUUUAUCGAUGAUAGUUACGGUUCGAUUAUUGACUAUUCAUUUUCACCUAACUCAUCAAUAAUCAAUUCUAGUACUUUUUCGACAAAAUGUUUACUUUAUGUUUUAUUUGACACAAACACUUUGAUACAAAUUGAUAUCAUAGAAAUUUUAAAAUGUUCGGUAAAUUAUAAAUUUGACAAAAUCAUAUCACCGUCAGUUGGAGCUAUUAAUCAAAUACUGGCAUCAAAUGAAUUUUUGUUAUGUAAACCAAAUGAUUUGGCAUAUAAACAGUUAUUUGAAAUACGUAUCGAUAAUAUACGCUAUUGUAAGCGAAAAUCAGAACAUGAUCAACACUUAAAAGCAAGAAAACGCCAAAUACAAGAUAAUCUAUUACUGGAAAAAUACUCAGAAAAAAAUGAUUAA